AUGACGUCGUCCCCGAUAUCCCAUCUCCCAGAAGAACUCCUCGACCGCAUCUGCCACUUCACCUCCACCCACACCCUUCAUUCUCUCUGCCUGGUCAAUAAAAACUUGAACCGCAUAGCGACAGCGCAUCUCUACACCACCAUAUCCCUUUCGCACUCCAACUUCAAACACCUGCGCCCCCUGACCCUCAUGCUCUGGACGUCACCCAAACAUCGUGCCCUCGUGCGAUCAAUUAGCGUGCGGCGCGCAUAUGGCGGGGAUUUGGUGCCCUGGCCUGCGCAUAGUGAUUUGGAUGGGCUUAUUGAAGAGCAGGUGGGCAUAACUUUAGAAGACACGGUUGAUAUCAUGCUUCUCAAGGCCACCCAAGAUUGA